AAAGGAUCUAGGAAGUCCUGUCUUCACAGUAGUGGAUGGUGACUCUAUAGUUUUCCUAUCUCUGGGCGUCCCAGGCCGGCCGCCGGGCUUUUCUUUCGAGACCUUUCUUCCCUCUCCGACUUCGAGGCGGGGUGGCGGGCUCGUGGCGAGGAUCGGAUACUGGAGGAAGCGGCGCAGCGCCGGAGGCGUGGGCGCGAAGCAGUGCUUCUCCGGGCUGCCGGCCGAGGGGAUCUGCCAGGGGUUGAGGGCUGUUUUAACAUUUCAUGCCUCUGGUGUAGCAUUACCAAGUCUGGAUUCCAUGUCUUUCCUUGUAAGUAAACCUGAACGAAUUAGGCGGUGGAUGUCUGAGAAGUUCAUUUUUGAGGGCUUGAGGGAGUUGGAACUAUUUGGAGAGCAGCCUCCGGGUGACUCUCGGAGAAAAACCAAUGAAGCAAGCUCAGAAUCAAUAGCGUCUUCCCCAAAAAGGGACACCAUGAGCUGUUAUUUGCCUGACAGCAAUUGUUAUGAGUUACUGACCAUAAUAGGCAAGGGCUUUGAGGAGCUAAUGACAGUGAAUCUUGCACGGUAUAAACCAACAGGAGAGUUUGUCACUGUCCGGAGGAUUAACUUAGAGGCCUGCACCAAUGAGAUGGUGGCAUUUUUGCAGGGUGAACUUCAUGUCUCAAAGUUCUUUAGCCACCCGAAUCUUGUGCCAUAUAAAGCAGCCUUCAUAGCUGACAAUGAACUGUGGGUUGUUACAUCUUUCAUGGCCUAUGGUUCUGCUAAAGAUUUAAUCUGUACACAUUUUAUGGAUGGGAUGAGUGAACUAGCUAUGGCUUAUAUCCUCCAAGGUGUCUUGAAGGCCCUUGAUUACAUUCACCAUAUGGGAUAUGUUCACAGGAGUGUGAAGGCCAGUCAUGUCCUGAUUUCUGCAGAUGGGAAGGUGUACCUCUCUGGCCUGCGCAGUAACCUAAGCAUGAUCAGUCAUGGUCAACGUCUCAAAGUAGUUCAUGAUUUUCCUAAGUAUAGCAUCAAGGUGCUACCAUGGCUAAGCCCAGAGGUCUUACAGCAGAAUCUCCAAGGCUAUGAUGCAAAAUCUGACAUCUACAGUGUAGGAAUAACAGCCUGUGAGCUGGCGAAUGGCCAUGUCCCCUUCAAGGAUAUGCCUGCAACUCAGAUGCUUUUGGAGAAGCUAAACGGCACUGUUCCUUGUCUUCUGGACACAACGACUAUUCCUCCAGAGGAGUUGACUAUGAAACCAUCACGCUCAGGGGUUAGCACUGGGUUUGAGGAAGGCAUGGCAGCCAGCAAUGCCAGGGCCUCUAAUGGUGACGCGGCAGCACAUCCAUACCACCGUACCUUCUCACCCUACUUCCAUCACUUUGUGGAGCAAUGCCUGCAGAGGAACCCGGACUUGAGGCCAAGCGCAAGUACACUACUCAACCAUUCCUUCUUCAAACAGAUCAAACGCCGUGCAUCUGAAGCACUUCCUGAACUGCUGUAUCCUGUCACACCCAUCACCAGCUUUGAAGGCAUGCAGGCACAAGACCCUAGCCGUAUUUUUGGACUGGUUUCCAAUCUGGAGCAGCUUGAAAUGGAUGACUGGGAGUUCUAGAGCUCCAACAGAAGAAAGCACAAAGUGUAUAAAUUCUUGUGAAAAAGCUUCUAGUCAUGGUUAACUUAUUUAACACCACCUCCCUUUCUCACAGAGCCGUGAUGUUACAGCGCAGCUUACGUCUUCCUUAGGAAGGUGGUCUUGCUGACACACCAAAGCAAGGUCGGAGAGCAGACUGUGGGAAGGGGAAUGCAUGGCAAAGAUAUGGUGCUGGAGACUUCUAGUUUAGAUUAUAGUAUGUUUGCCUUCAAAAGGAAGCUCUGUUGAACCAGUUUUCUCCUUCCAUUUCUGUGCUGUUGCAGGAGUGCUGGCUUUGGAGAAGAUGUUCUGGUGUUUUUUGUUGUAGUUUCCUGACCAAGGGGUGCCUUUGAGACAGCUGCAUAUCUGCUUGGAUGUUAAUAAUGUUGCUCACAAAGCAUUCUUACCCAUAGGAUCACCAAUGGAAAAUCAGUAGCUUUGCAAGACAAAAGUGCAAGUAGCAUUUGCAACAAUUGUAUCUCAUGAACUUAUCCCCCCCCCAUAUCUUUUCCACUGGCUAAUCAAGGGAUAAUCAGAAUGGUAGACUAACCGUAUGGUGCUAAAAGCUGGCAACAGCAAGUUAGGAGGACAGGGCUCAGUAACUAAGCCAGCAUCUCCCACUAGUAUUAUUACUGCUGUAAUGGCUCACCUUCAUCUGAGUGCUGUGCACUCUUGUUUUUUUAAAAGAAAAGCUUACACUUCUCUUCCAUCAAAGAAUAUAUUUUGAGGAGUUGCUCAACAAGGACAUUGACCCUAGCUGUCUCUCUGCAACAUAGGUUGAGCAUAUGAAAACACCUUGUAUCCUGUAUUUCUGCCAAAUUUACACCCAUUAUUUUCUCAUUUUUUAUGAGGGGUUUACUUAGUGUUUACUGUAUAGCUUUUCAUUCGAAAACACUUUGCUAGUCAGAUUUUACUUUCCAUCUACCACAAGUGCUGGUUGAUGAGGCAAACUUGCAGAACCUCAAACACUUUUCCAUUAGCUUUCAUCUGCUACCCUCCUUGCUGUUCUAAAGUGCCCAAAACUCUGUAGUGAAGCCUUUUCUUUCCAUUCUCCUCUCUCUCCCCUCCCCCCCCCCCCCGGCUCUUUUCUUCUUGAAUCACUUUUAUGCAAGCGCUGAGCCAAAUCUCUUGCAUCUGUCUGGCAGGAGUAGUUGCAGGACUAUGUAUGCCUGUGUGUCUUAAGCUGUACUUGAACCCAAUCCAUGUUUGGUCUUCUAGUUAUGUUGCCAAUAAAAGAUUUCUGCACUCUUACCUGAUAA